AUGCUGCAGCUCCGAUCAUACGCUCUGGCCUUGUUGGCCUCGAUAGCCACACUGUCACAAGUCAACGCCCAGUGCGCCAACAAUGUCGCCGUCUACAACCCUGAUGUCAGGACACUGACCGCCAACAACACCUGGUUCGUCGUCCCAGUGCCGAAGGCCGCAGCCUUGACAGCCAUCCAAGAAGCCUACCCACUCCUCAACGUCGCCCUCCUCGACGUUCCAAACGACCCAACCCUCUUCCCGAAUGGCUUCCCCGCCGGCCAACAACCCGCAAUAGUCAACAUCGGCCUCAGCGACGACAUCCGCAUGUCCGCCUUCCAAAUCGACGGCGGCCUCAAAGUCGGCCAAGUCUAUAUAUCCUAUGUCUCCCUCAACGGCUCCCCCUCCCCGCUGCAAGCCCAAACCUCCGGCUACAUCGCGGGCGAAACCGGCCCCUUGCCCAACGGCCUCGUCCCAGCCUUGGCAUCCACCCUCCUCUUCGGCGGAAACCCCACUCGUCUAGGAGAAUUCACACCCGACGCCGCCCCCUACCAAUCCGAAGGCGGACCCAUCCUCUCCGCCCAAACGAAAUGGGCCCUCCUCCCCAACCCCAUCUCCGGCCCAGGGAUCUACCCAGAAGCCUUCGAUUUCGAAUUCACGACCAUCGCCUCUUCAGCAUCGAGAUACACCGCCAAAGGCUUCAAAUACCUCAUCAACCUCCCCACACUCCUCCCCACCGCGCAGUGCCAGCGCAACGCGUACUACUUUACCAACGCGACCGCGAACCCGGUUUUCCGGAAUGGUAAUGUGACGUUCGGGCCGGGGGCGGAUGGUAGUUCUGCGACGAGCUCGGCGUUGAUGGCGGCGAGUGCGGAUGGGAGCGGAAUUUUCGCUGAUGUUGAUGGGUAUGGAGGGUGUGCGCAGAGCGUGGGGAAUAGUGUUCAGGGGUGUGAUGAGGCGAGUGCCCAUACGGAUCCUAAUACGCUCAAUUAG